AUGGCGGACAAGACAGCCAAGCAGGGCACUGCAGAUGCUCAGCUCGCUACCGACAUUGCAGACCGAUCACUAGACGACCCUGCAAAGACAUCGAAAGCCGCAGACGACCUUGCAGCAGGCACCAACAACGACGAGGAUGUCGAUGACAAUGAAGAAGACGAAGCGGGAGAGGCAGAUGCGGCAGGCAGCCCAAAUGCGAAGAAGAAGCGCAAGCCACGAAAGAAGAAGAAGAAGGCAGAUGCUGCAGACGAGGCAGAUGUGAUAUCACCACAAGCACAGACACAAGGACUACCGUCAAACAAGCCCGUAUCUGCCAACGACAUUCCAGCGCUGCUCCAGCAACUACAACUUUCGGCGCCGAACAAGAAAGAGGGCAAGGCGCCGGAAGAUUACAAGUUCUGGAAUACACAGCCUGUGCCCAAGUUCAGAGAGCCUAAUCUCCUACAGACGACAAGCGGCGGAGAGGGUGAGGCAAAGCCAGAGGGACCCAUCCUCCCCAGCGAAAUCUGCAGAAAGAGUGCGAAGGCCGAGCCUGAAAAGCUAGUGGACGGGUUUGAGUGGUGUGAGAUUGAUCUUGAGGAUAAAGAGGAGCUGCAAGAGUUCUACGAUCUGCUCUUCAACCAUUACGUUGAAGACACAGACGGCUCCUUCCGCUUCAACUACUCCGUCGAAUUCCUCGCAUGGGCGCUGAAGCCGCCCGGCUGGAAGAAGGAAUGGCACAUCGGUGUAAGGACAAAGUCGACAGCAGAUGGAAAGAAGGGCAAGCUCGUAGCAUCGAUCACUGGUAUCCCCGUCACACUCUUGGUCAGAGGCCAGAAGGUUAACGCGAGCGAGAUCAACUUCCUUGCGAUUCAUAGAAAGCUUCGCAACAAGCGUCUCGCUCCCGUGCUGAUCAAAGAAGUCACAAGAAGAUGCUACUUGAACGGCAUCUACCAGGCGCUCUACACCGCCGGCACCCUGCUACCAACACCAAUUAGCACAUGUCGAUACUUCCACAGGUCGCUUGAUUGGGAGCAUCUCUACAAAACUGGCUUCAGUCAUCUGCCACCGGGCACUACCGAGCUCAGGCAGAAGUACAAGUACAGAGUCGAGUCACAGACUGCAAUCAAGGGACUCCGCCCUAUGAAGCCUGCUGAUAUUCCAGCGGUCAAGGAUCUGCUUGUGCGAUACUCUGAGCGCUUCCAGCUUAGGCAGGAGUUCACCGACGAGGAAAUCGCUCACUGGAUAUGCUCAGAUACUUCAAAGAGUGUGGUGUGGAGCUACGUCGUGGAGGAGAAUGGCAAGAUUACUGACUUCAUCUCGUACUACUUGCUUGAGUCCACAGUGCUCCGUGCAUCGAGAAGGGAGACGAUCCGCGCCGCUUACCUCUACUACUACGCCACCGAUACAGCUUUUGCUAAGGGCAAGAAGCAAGAAGUUCAAGAAGGCUUGCAGUCGCGACUACAAGCCCUUGUCCACGAUGCGCUCAUCCUGGCCAAGAAGGAUGACUUCCACGUCUUCAAUGCACUCACACUACUCGACAACCCGCUCUUCUUGAAGGAGGAAAAGUUCGAACCAGGUGACGGCAAGCUGCACUACUACCUCUUCAACUGGCGGACAGCGUUGCUACCUGGUGGCAUCGAUGCGAAGAAUAACAUCGAUACCACGAAGAUGGGUGGUGUUGGUGUGGUCAUGCUAUAA